AUGGCAAGUAUGCAAAGAAGACUGGGGCCUAAUAUCGUAGGAUACUAUGGUCUUUUACAGGCAUUUGCAGAUGCUCUUAAAUUACUUUUAAAAGAGUAG